AUGUCCAGUGUUUCCUAUCACAUCUCCAACCUGCUGGAGAAGAUGACCUCCACUGACAAAGACUUCAGGUUCAUGGCCACCAACGACCUGAUGCUGGAGCUGCAGAAGGACAGCAUUAAGCUGGACGAGGACAGCGAGAGGAAAGUGGUGACGAUGCUGCUCAAACUGCUGGAGGACAAGAACGGAGAGGUGCAGAACCUGGCUGUGAAAUGCCUGGCCCCUCUGGUGAGCAAAGUGAAGGAGCCUCAGGUGGAGACGAUGGUUGACAUCCUGUGUUCAAACAUGAUGUCGGACAAGGAGCAGCUGAGAGACAUUUCCAGCAUGGGACUGAAGACUGUGAUCGCUGAGCUGCCGCCGUCUUCAUCAGGUCUGACGCUGACAGCCAGUGUGUGUAAGAAGAUCACCUCCCAGCUGAUCGGAGCCAUGGGGAAACAGGAGGAUGUGUCGGUUCAGUUGGAGGCUCUCGACAUCCUGUCCGACAUGUUGGGAAGGCUCAGCGGUUCACUGGUCAGUUUCCACAGCUCUCUGCUGUCCAGCCUGCUGCCUCAGUUAACCAGCUCCAGAAUGGCGGUCAGAAAGCGCUCCAUCUUGGCUUUGGGUCACCUGGUGCCCUGCUGUAGCCCCGCCCUCUUCUCCCAGCUGACUGAACACCUGCUGACGGAGCUGGCCAAGGGUCCGCCCACUUCCAUGACGAGGACGUACAUCCAGUGCCUGGCGACCGUCAGUCGUCAGGGCGGCCAUCGAGUCGGUGAACAUUUAGAGAAGCUGAUCCCCAUGGUCGUCAAGUUCACCAGUGUGGAGGACGACGAGCUGAGAGAGUAUUGUUUCCAGACCUUUGAAGCUUUUAUACGCAGAUGUCCUAAAGAGAUGUCGCCCCACGUUGCCACGGUGACUCAGCUCUGUCUUAAGUUCAUGACCUUUGACCCGAACUACAACUACGAUGAUGCUGAGGAGGAAGAGGAAGACAGCAUGGACAUAGACGGCUUCGAUGAAGAAUCUGACGACGAGUACAGCGAUGAUGAUGAUAUGAGCUGGAAGGUCCGACGCUCCUCCAUCAAAUGUCUGGAGGCUUUGAUUGACUCCCGCAGAGACCUCCUGCUCUCCUUCUACUCCUCCAUCUGCCCCGCGCUGCUCGCCAGGUUCAAGGAGCGCGAGGAGAACGUGCGGGCGGACGUGUUCGCUGCGUUCUCCACGCUGCUGAGACAAACGCGAGGAGGGACGAGUCACCACGCUCUGAUCACGGCCAGCUCAGACACCAGCAAAGAGGAAGAACCGGCGGUCGGCAUGCUGAAGAAACAGGUGCCGGUGAUAGUGAAAGCUCUCCACAGACAGCUGAAGGAGAAGAGCCUUAAAUCUCGACAGGGCUGCUUCUGUCUCCUCACUGAGCUGGCUCACACUGCACCAGGAGCCCUGGAACAACACAUACCUGCUCUGAUACCUGGCAUCGUCUUCUCCCUGACCGACAAAUCCACCUCCUCCACCAUGAGGAUCGACGCUCUCUCCUUCUUCCAUGUCCUCCUCCUCUCACACCCUCCUCAAGCCUUUCAGCCCCACAUGCAGGUGCUGCUGCCCCCGGUGGUGGCGUGUAUAGAAGACUCUUUCUAUAAGAUCACAUCAGAGGCUCUGCUUGUCACUCAGCAGCUGGUCAGAGUGAUGAGACCGCUGGAACAGAAGGGAGGAUUCGACCCCAAACCGUUCGUUAAAGAGGUGUUUUCCGCAACCCUGAAGAGGCUGAAAGCAACAGACAUCGACCAGGAAGUGAAGGAGAGGGCUAUUUCCUGUAUGGGUCACAUGGUGUGCCACCUCGGCGAUCACCUGGGGGCGGAGCUAAAAGGUGUGCUGGCCAUCUUUCUGGAGAGGCUGAAGAAUGAGAUCACGAGACUGACGGCAGUGAGGACCGUCACACUCAUCGCUGCCUCUCAGUUAAAGAUCGACCUGUCGUCCAUCCUGCCAGAAUCUUUGUCCGUGUUGGGAUCUUUCUUGCGGAAGAACCAGCGUGCUCUGAAGCUCGGUACGUUGGCGUGUCUGACCGCACUCGUCACGCAUCACGCCGCCAGCAUCAAACCUGCGGCGCUGGAGCCCGUGCUGAAUGAACUUCCUGCUCUGGUGGAUGAGAGCGACAUGCAUGUAUCACAGGUGUCCGUCACCUUGCUGACCGGCAUGGCCAAAGCUUGCCCCUCCUCUCUGGCUAAGAUCAGCUCCUCUGUGCUGCCGGGCGUCUUCAGACUCGUCCAUUCUCCGCUGCUGCAGGGAGGAGCGCUCGCAGCCAUCGUGGCCUUCCUCCAGGCUCUGGUAUCAUCCAAGACCAGUAACCUCAGCUACAGUCAGUUGCUGAAGUCCCUCACAGAGCCGUUCCACCACCCUCCGUCCUCUGCAGACAGCUCAGUCCUCCACAGACAGUCCUUCCACUCUGUCGCUCGCUGUGUGGCUGCUCUGUCCUCCGCCUGCCCCAAAGAGACUCCCGGCACCGUGAGCGGCCUCAUCCAGGAGGUGAAGAAUCCUGGCUCUCCAGAGUCCGCUCGAGUCCUGGCUUUAUUGUGUCUGGGGGAGGUGGGGAGGAACGGCAGCCUGGGAGGAAGUAAAGAGGUGCAGGGAGUCAUACUGGAGGCUUUCUCCUCCACCAGCGAAGAGGUGAAGACGGCAGCGUCCUGCGCUUUAGGCAGCAUGGCCGUCGGCAACCUGAACGACUUCCUGCCCUUCCUGCUCAAAGAGAUCACCUCCCAGCCAAGAAGACAAUACCUGCUUCUACACUCCCUCAAAGAAGUCAUCAGUGCCUGUCCAGCGUCGAGUCUCUCGGCCCACGUGGAGUCUAUCUGGGCCCUGCUGUUUCAGAACUGCGAGUGUCAGGAGGAGGGAACGAGGAACCUGGUGGCUGAAUGUUUGGGGAAACUGACGCUAGUCAACCCGGCACAACUACUACCCAGACUUAAACAGCAACUUAAAGCUGGUUCUCCUCUGGCUCGCAGCACAGUGGUGACAGCUGUCAAGUUCACUAUUGUUGACCAACCUGCGCCUAUCGACACACUGCUGAAAGACUGCAUAGGUGACUUCUUGAAGACCCUGCAGGAUCCGGACAUCAACGUGCGCCGCGUCGCCUUGGUGAUGUUUAACUCUGCAGCUCAUAACAAACCAUCUCUGAUCCGUGGUCGUCUAUCAACGGUGCUGCCUUACCUCUACAAGGAGACCCAGAUCAGGAAGGACCUGAUCAGAGAGGUGGAGAUGGGUCCAUUCAAACACACUGUGGAUGAUGGUCUGGAUGUGCGUAAAGCAGCAUUUGAGUGUAUGUACACUCUGCUGGACAGCUGCCUGGAGGGGCUGGACGUCCUGCAGUUCCUAGAUCAUGUAGAGGAAGGACUCAAAGACCACUAUGAUAUCAGGAUGCUGACCUUCCUGAUGCUCGCCAGACUGGUCUCUCUGUGUCCUGCUGCUGUUCUGCAAAGACUGGAUAGACUGGUGGAGCCACUUAAAGCUACUUGCACUACCAAGGUGAAGGCCGGUUCUGUGAAGCAGGAGUUCGAGAAGCAGGAGGAGCUGCGGCGCUCGGCCAUGCGCGCUGUCGCCGCCCUGCUGGCUGUGCCCGAGGUGGAGAGGAGCCCCAGCAUGGCCGACUUCGCCAACCAGAUCAGAACCAACGCAGACAUGGCGUCCAUCUUCCAGAGCGUGCAGGGAGGGGAGGGAGGCUUAGGACCUGCAGAGAGCAUGGAUAUGAGCUAGGCUCACAUGAUGGAAUAGAUGUUUUAUUAUGAUGUUUUUUUAUAGCUACAGUUCAUAAAGCCGCGCAGUGUUUUAUAGAAGCUCGGUGCUGUUCAAAUUUGCUAUACAAACUUUAAAAGCUUUAUUUUAAAAACAAAACAUUUUCCAACUCUACAUUUGGCCUUUUUAAUAUGAAUUUACUCUGG